AUGGGUCGGAUCAGACGGGGCUUCCUCCUCCUCCUCCUCGCUGCCUGUGCACUUUUGUCACGAGGGCUCGCAGCCUCCGAGAAGGGCAGGCUAAGGAGGAUCACGUACGUCCUGCAGCCCGGCCGGGGGGGCUCCUCUGGCAGCCGGCAGCAGCGCCCGACCCUCCUCGGGGGGGAGCAGCAGCAGCAGCGCACGUUCAAUGUGCAGCUGAACGCGCGCUACGGCGGCGGCGGUCCCGGCCCCCUGGAGCGGACCCGGCGGAUGAGCAAGCCGGGCAGCGCCGCCGUCCAGCUCCGCUUGGGCCCCGCCGCCCAGGGCCACCCCAGCCCCGCCGCUCACGCCUCCUCCUUCGCCAAGCCGGCCCGCUUCAGCCCGCGGCACAAGGCGCCGCCGGGCCCCCACGGCAACAGCAGCGCCGCCCUGCCCCUCCGCCAGAAGCACCAGCUGCCGCCGCCGCCGGGGGUCAAUGUGUGCGGGGGGCAGUGCUGCCACGGCUGGAGCAAGGCCACGGGCUCCCAGCGGUGCAUCAAACCAAACUGUGCACCGCCGUGCCAAAAUGGAGGGAUGUGCCUGCGACCUCAGCUUUGUGUGUGUAAACCAGGAACAAAAGGUAAUUCCUGUGAGGAUACAGUCGUGCAAGACACAUCUUCCACUGGAGGCCGGAGCCCUGUUGUUCCCCCGUGGCCCAUCCCCCAGCAGGCUGCCCAGCAGACCUUCUCUCAGAAGGUGCAGGUCCCACCCAAGGUUGGCCCUAUGGCUCAGAUGGCAUUCACCAUCAAGCAGAAACCUCCUGUUGGGUUAACUCAGCAAAUACAACCACAGAUGAUACCCCUUUCAUCUCAGACAUUAAUGAUGAAUCUUCAUCAUGGCCAAACACAAGAAUAUGUGAUUAAGCCCAAGUAUUACCCAGUAAAAAAAGUGAUUUCAGGAGAGCAGUCCACUGAGGGCUCACUACCACUGAGACUGGGCCAGGAUCAGCCUGCAUCACCUUUGCGCCUGGGAAAUCACACUGGUCGCAUCAAGGUGGUCUUUACACCCAGCAUCUGUAAAGUGACUUGUACCAAAGGCAACUGUCAGAACAACUGUGAGAAGGGAAAUACAACCACCCUCAUCAGUGAAAACGGCCAUGCUGCUGACACACUGACAGCCACUAACUUCCGAGUAGUUAUUUGCCACCUACCAUGCAUGAAUGGAGGCCAGUGUAGUUCUAGAGAUAAAUGCCAGUGCCCUCCUAAUUACACUGGGAAACUCUGUCAGAUUCCUGUGCAGACUGCCAGUUCUCAAAAACUCUACCAUCACUCGCAACAGGUGAACAAGGCAGUAGGAUCACAAGUUAUCCACUCUACUCAUACUUUACCACUGACAAUGUCUGGACAGCAAGGUGUAAAAGUGAAGUUCCCUCCUAACAUAGUGAAUAUCCAUGUGAAACAUCCCCCUGAAGCCUCAGUUCAGAUCCAUCAAGUGUCAAGGAUUGACAGCACAUCAACAGGACAAAAAGCGAAAGUACCUCAGCCAGUACAUCCACAGGUCUCUUACCAAGGUCUUCCAUAUCAGAAGACCCAGAAGGGACAUACAACUUACACAAAUCAACAACCCAUUCCUCAUAUGUUUCCUGUUUCAGUUAAAACUCAGCUUGGGCGCUGCUUUCAGGAGACUGUUGGGACACAGUGUGGCAAAGCACUUCCUGGCCUUUCCAAGCAAGAAGACUGCUGUGGAACCGUGGGUACUUCCUGGGGUUUUAACAAAUGCCAGAAAUGUCCCAAGAAGCCGUCUUACCAUGGAUACGGUCCUAUGAUGGAAUGCCCACAAGGCUACAAGAGAAUCAAUGCUACAUUUUGUCAAGAUAUCAAUGAGUGUCAGUUACAGGGAGUAUGUCCUAAUGGUGAGUGCUUGAAUACCAUGGGCAGCUACAGAUGCACCUGCAAAAUGGGAUUUGUGCCAGAUCCUACCCUCUCAAGAUGCAUACCUGAUAACCCUGUAGUUGCUGAAGAGAAAGGACCCUGCUACCGGUUUGUUAGUGCAGGAAAGCAAUGCAUGCAUCCUCUCUCUGUUCAGCUCAGCAAGCAGCUUUGCUGUUGCAGUGUUGGCAAAGCCUGGGGCCCACACUGUGAGAAGUGUCCACUCCCAGGAACAGCUGCUUUUAAGGAAAUCUGCCCUGGUGGAAUGGGUUAUACGGUUUCUGGCCCUCACAGAAACAAGCUAUAUCAUCACCCUGCAGUUAGAGUACAGCCACCUGCCAUUGGCAAGACCCCGAUUACUCAACCUGUUGCUAAAGGUACUUCUCCUCCACCUCUCCCAGCAAAGGAAGAGCCAGUGGAGGCACUGACCUUCUCACAGAAAAGUGAGACUGAGAUGGCUGUACAAGAAGUGGCAACUGCAGCUCCCGAUCAGGAAUUAGCUUCCAUUGAUCAAGAAAAGCAGCCUUAUCUAGAGCCUGGGCAGCCUCAGCUUUCUCCUGGAAUUUCAACAAUUAACCUGCAUCCACAGUUUCCAGUAGUGAUUGAGAAAACGUCCCCUCCUCUGCCUGUUGAAGUUGCUCCCGAAGUCUCUACUUCAAGUGCAAGUCAAGUUAUUGCACCUACUCAAGUUACAGAAAUCAACGAAUGUACAGUUAAUCCUGAUAUCUGUGGAGCAGGACACUGUGUUAAUUUGCCUGUGGGAUACACUUGCAUCUGCUACAAGGGGUACAGACUUAAUGAUCAGCAGACGAAGUGCAUUGAUAUUAAUGAGUGUAAUCAGGCACCACAUCUCUGUUCCCUUGGACGCUGUGAAAAUACAGAAGGAAGUUUCCUAUGUAUUUGCCAAGCUGGAUUCAUGGCCAGUGAAGAUGGAACUGACUGCGUUGAUUUUGAUGAAUGUUCAAGACCUCACACUUGUGGAGAAGGCUUUUGUAUAAACACUCUUGGCUCAUACAGAUGUGAAUACUGUGACAGUGGAUACCAAAUGAACAGGAGAGGGGAAUGUGAAGACAUUGAUGAAUGCCUGACUCCAACUACCUGUCCAGAUGCACAGUGCCUUAAUGCUCCUGGUUCUUACCAGUGCAUUCCUUGCAGAGUGGGAUUCAGAGGCUGGAACGGACAGUGCCAUGAUGUAAAUGAAUGUCAGUAUGGCAAUCACUGUACAAAUGGACGUUGUGAAAAUACAGAGGGAUCCUUCAGGUGUAUUUGUGCCCAAGGUUUCAAACUCUCUGCAUCAAAGGAUCAGUGUGAAGAUAUUAACGAAUGCCAGCAGCGAUCAAUCUGUACGAAUGGACGCUGCAGGAACACAGAAGGAUCUUUCAGAUGUUUCUGUAGCCAAGGCUAUUCAUUAUCAUCUACUGGAGAUCAGUGUGAAGAUGUUGAUGAAUGCCUUCAAGACAGCAAUGUUUGCCUAAGAGGAAGCUGCAUAAAUACUGAAGGGUCUUACAAAUGCACUUGUCCAGAUGGUUUCCAGCAGAUAGCGAAUAGGGGGUGUCAAGAUAUCAAUGAAUGUGAGAGAUCUGACCUCUGUUCACCACAUGGAGAGUGUCUGAACACGGAUGGUUCCUACCAGUGCAUAUGUGAGCGGGGCUUUUCUGUGUCUGCAGACGGCCGAACGUGCGAAGAUGUGGAUGAAUGUAUGAACGGCACCGUGUGUGGGAGUCACGGGUUCUGUGAAAACACGGAUGGCUCCUACCGCUGCCUCUGUUACCAGGGGUACCAGGACACACAGGAUGGGCAAGGGUGUACAGAUGUGAAUGAAUGUGAAAUGUUGAGUGGAGUAUGUGGUGAAGCCCUCUGCGAAAACGUUGAUGGUUCUUUCCUGUGUCUGUGCUCUGAUGAAAACCAGGAGUAUGAUCCAAUGACCGGACAGUGUCGCUUCCGUACCUCACCAGAAAUGCCAAUAGAGGCUGAUCAACAGGAAGAUGGAAAGAAGGAGUGCUACUACAAUCUGAAUGAUGCUAAUUUCUGUGACAACGUGCUUACAUCCAAUGUAACCAAACAAGAAUGCUGCUGUACCUUGGGUGCUGGUUGGGGUGAUAACUGUGAAAUCUUCCCAUGCCCUGUCAUUGGCACUGCUGAAUUUACUGAUUUGUGUCCUGAAGGAAAAGGUUUCAUUCCCUCUGGAGAUUCAUCUUACGGGCUUCUUGCUCAGAAUUACAAAGAUGCUGAUGAAUGCCAACUCUUUGGACAAGAGAUCUGUAAAAACGGCUUCUGUUUGAAUACACAGCCAGGUUAUGAGUGCUACUGCAAACAAGGCACAUACUAUGACCCUGUUAAGCUCCAGUGCUUUGACACGGAUGAAUGUCAGGACCCAAACAGCUGUAUUGAUGGCCAGUGCAUUAACACAGAAGGAUCUUACAACUGUUUCUGUACACACCCAAUGGUUUUGGACGCAACAGAAAAGCGAUGCAUCAGACCAGCAGAUUCGAGUGAACAAACUGAAGAAGCUGAGGUCUACCAGGACCUUUGCUGGCAGCACCUAAGUGACGAUUUUGUCUGCAGUCGACCACUGGUUGGGAAGCAGACGACGUACACGGAGUGCUGCUGCCUAUAUGGAGAAGCUUGGGGCAUGCAGUGCGCACUGUGUCCGAUGAAGGAGUCGGAGGAUUACGCCCAGCUGUGCAACAUUCCUGUUCCAGGAUCUCGGCGGCCAUAUGGACAGGAUGCUUUAGUUGACUUCGAGGAGCACUACACCCCAGAAACCAAUCCAUACUUUGUUGAAGACCGUUUCCUGAACAGCUUUGAGGAGCUACAGGCAGAGGAAUGUGGUAUUCUCAAUGGAUGUGAAAAUGGCCGAUGUGUAAGAGUCCAGGAAGGCUACACCUGUGACUGCUUUGAUGGUUAUCACCUGGACAUGGCCAAAAUGACUUGUGUUGAUGUGAAUGAGUGCAACGAGCUGAACAAUAGGAUGUCCCUCUGCAAGAAUGCCAAAUGCAUUAACACGGAAGGGUCGUACAAGUGUUUGUGUCUCCCUGGGUACGUGCCUUCAGACAAGCCAAACUACUGCACACCACUGAACUCAGAACCAGAGAGUGAACUGGAGUAG